AUGACUGCAAAAAAGCGACUUCUUGUGAUUGGAGCUGGUGCAUCUGGACUUCCUUCAAUUCGACAUACUUUAUUUUAUGAAAAUGUCGAAGUCACAUGUUUUGAAAAAUCUGGAGAAACUGGAGGACUUUGGAAUUUCAAACCACAUGAGACCGAAUGUAAGUUUUUUGAAUUUUUCUAUAGAACUUUUCACAAACUCGAAAUUUUUCAGUGGCGUCAGUUAUGAAAUCGACAGUAAUUAAUACAUCAAAAGAAAUGACUGCAUUCUCGGAUUUUCCACCGGAAGAUCGAAUGGCAAAUUAUAUGCACAAUCGAGAAAUGAAUAGAUAUUUAAAUAAUUAUGCCAAAAAUUUUGAUCUGCUGAAAUAUAUCAAAUUCAAUCAUAGUGUUCAGAAGAUUACUAGAAAUCAUAAUUAUAAUGAAACUGGACAAUGGAAAGUUGAUUAUUUGGAUGAGUAAGUACUAUACUUCAACAUAGAUGUUGCGAAAUCUGUAACUUGUUAUUUUUUUAGUAAGAAUCAAAAUCAAAGUGAAGUUUUCGAUGGAAUUUUGUUAUGUUGUGGUCAUCAUGCAAUUCCACAUAUUCCAAGUUGGCCAGGACAAGAUAAAUUCAAAGGUCGAAUAAUUCAUGCACAUAAUUAUAAAGAUCAUCGAGGAUAUGAAGAUAAAAAUGUAGUUGUUGUUGGAAUUGGAAAUUCUGGUGGAGAUUGUGCUGUUGAAUUAAGUCGAAUUGCAAAACAAGUUUAUUUGGUUACAAGAAGAGGAAGUUGGAUUUUUAAUCGAUUAUUUGAUGAGGGGAAACCCACUGAUUUAGUUUUCAAUUCGUAAGUUAUCAAAGCUAGUGCUCGAAAAUUCUUCAACAAGUUUCCUUCAGAAAAUGGCAACUCACUCUCAUGAAUUUCAUUCCACUUUGGCUAGUUGCUAGAAACUUUGAGCGAAUUGUAAACAAACGGUUUGAUCAUCAAAAAUACGGGCUCAAACCGAACCAUUCAGUAUUAUCGUAAGUUGCUUUCUUCAUUGAAUAAACUCGAAAAUUACCUCAAAAUUUUCAAGAGCUCAUCCUACGGCAAAUGAUGAACUUCCAAAUAGAAUUGCAAAUGGAACAAUUAGAGUUAAGAAAAGUGGAAUAAAAGAGUUUACUGAAAAUGGAAUAAUAUUUGAAAAUGGAUCAAAGGUGGAUAAUAUUGAUGAAGUUAUUCUUGCAACUGGAUAUUCAUUUAAUUUCAAUAUUGUUGAAGAUGGAAAUCUGAUUCCAGUCACUGAACAUCGAUUAGAUGCUUAUAAAUAUAUUUAUCCAAUUCAAUUAUCAGAUCAUAAUUCUUUGGGAUUAAUUGGUCUUAUUCAACCAGUUGGUUCGAUUAUGCCAAUUUCAGAAAUGCAAGCAAGAGUAUUCUUAGAACAUUGGGCUGGAAAUGUUAAACUACCAAAUCGGGAAGUCAUGUUAAAUGAUAUAACAUCAAAGAGAAAUGAAAUGUCAAAAAGAUAUGUUGAUUCAAGAAGACAUACAAUUCAAGUUGAUUAUACUCGAUAUAUGACUGAACUUGCAACAAUAAUCAAUGCAAAUCCAAAUAUGUUAUAUUUAUGGUUAACAAAUCCACGAUUAGCUUAUAAUGUAUUUUUCGGACCAUGUGUUCCAUAUGUCUUCAGAUUAACUGGUCCAAAUAGCUGGAACGGUGCCAAAGAUGCGAUUUUGUCAGUGGAAUAUCGCUCGGAAAUGGUAGGAUUCUAACAGAGACACUCAUAUUUUUUAAAUGUCAAAUUCCAUAAUUUAUUUCAGGCCACAAGCAUUGAAGAAGAUGAAAACAAAAAACAAAAAUAA